CUUCUGGGCCGAGUGGUAUGAUGUGUUUGCUCCAAUGUUCGCACGAGCUGCUACAGAAGAUGUUUCUGCAAGGGCAAGGGUGACUUUUCCCGGAGGACAACUAGCCGCUUCCUGGUCUCGAGACGAGACGUCUUCCUUCACACGGCUCCAACCAAGUGGCAAGAACACGAUCAGAUCGAAGAGGUCUGCCGCGCUCCAUCGAUGUAUAUCGAAAGCAUCACGAUCUCACCGAUUCAUAGCUAUCUAUGACGUGGGAAUAAUGAUGAGCUGAUCAAAACGGUUCACGAGGAAGACAGGUCUGUAGUUUGGUACGAAAUUCUCGGCAUAGACGAUUCCCCCUUUAGGGCUUUGAGGAGAGGACAAUGGUCUUUAGAAUUACAGAUCUAAGCUGGCUAACGCCACUGGGAUUCCGAAGUGUCUGUUCCAUCGAGUGUCUCAUCGUCUGAAAAGCAAAUGAGAUGAGUCUUGCAAUGGAGGCAUACUACAAUAUGAUGUUCCUCCUCGUGGACCCUACCUUUCUAAUACUAUCUCUUGCUUUGUUCUGCUACCCUUUCAUUAUAUCAAAGUCAAAGUACAGUCAUCUUAAGGAUGUCUCACUGGUCAACCCAGCAAAGCCGUUCUUUGUGUCCACUGAGAAGGCGAGGAGGAGGUUCAUGAGAUCCAGUCUAGAAAUUGUUGCAGAAGCACGGAAUCUGUAUCCAUACAAGCCCUUCCGCAUGUAUACUGAUUGGGGGGAGAUUCUCGUACUGCCGUCGACUUUUGCUGACGAAAUUCGGAAUGAUCCUCGCCUGAGCUUGACGAAGGCUCUAAAGCAGGACCAUCAUGCCAGUCUCCCAGGCUUCGAGGUUGUUAACUGCAUUGGGAGGGACGACGAAUUUGUCCAAUCGGUGGUACGCAAGUGGUUAACCCAACAUCUGUGUGUCGUAAUUGUGCCGGUCUCUGAAGAGACAGCUUAUGCUCUGGACAUCAACUUCGGACCCUCAACUGAAUGGCAUGAGACGAACCUCAAGGCAGCGGUGUUUGACAUCAUUGCUCGUAUGUCCUCACGUAUCUUCCUGGGAUCCCAACUUUGUCGGAACGAAGAAUGGCUCGAGAUAACCAAGAGCUAUACAGCGAUCUUCUACACUGGAUCAUCACAGCUACGUCUGUUUCCCAGGGUACUUCGGCCCAUCGUCCACUGGUUUCUUCCCAGCUGUCGUAGACUCCGCGAACAACAGAGGAAAGCGCGUCAUGUGAUCCGCCCACUCGUUGAAGCUCGUCAGAAAGCAAAGGAGGAAGCUCGUGCUAAGGGUCAGCCUGACCCAAAAUUCGAAGACGCACUGGAAUGGGCAAGUGAACAACGCGCAGCAACGGGCUCAGAGUGCGAUGAUGGUGUUUUCCAGCUCACACUAUCCCUUCUGGCGAUCCACAAUUCGUUUGAUCUGGUUCAACAGACCAUGCUUGAUCUGGCACAGCAUCCUGAAUUUAUCCCCUCGAUCCGAGACGAGCUAAUUACCGUCUUACGCACACAUGGGUGGAACAAGGCUUCGUUGUUCCACAUGAAACGACUUGACAGCGCUAUCAAAGAGUCGCAGCGUCGGAAGCCCAGCAGCAUUCUAACCCUGCGCCGCUACGCCACCGACGACGUCACCCUCUCCAACGGCCUCCUGAUUAAAAAGGGCAGUCGUCUCAACGUUGAUUCAAUCCGCAUGAUGGACGAGGAGCUAUACCCAGAGCCCGAAAAGUAUGACGCCAUGCGGUUCUACAAUCUGCGCCAACAGCCCGGGUGCGAAGCCACCGCGCAACUCGUCAGCACGAGCGCCGAUCAUCUGAGUUUCGGCCUGGGACGGCACGAAUGUCCUGGUAAGGUAUUCGCUGCUAAUGCGAUCAAGAUAGUGCUAUGUCAUAUCAUUGCCAAGUAUGAGUGGAAGCUUGCUGAGGAUACUACGAUUGUUCCGGAUACGAAGGGGAUGACGAAUAAGGCUAGUCCAUGGACGCAGAUUAUGGUUCGGAAGAGGGCUGGUGUGGACAUUGAGCUUGAUGGGCUGCUUUAAGGUAGUCAGGCCCGGCUUGCGGGUUUUGUGAGUUCAAUAAAAUCAUGCGAAUCUGUGAAGGUCUAGGCGAUGCUACUGUAGUCUUUUUUUUUGUUUUAUUUGGGUGGAGGAAAUGACAAUACUAAAG